AUGGGGGCUUUCGAAGACGAAGGGAACUCAGAGUCCGUAAGGCCAACUCCACAACGGAGGGAUUCCUUCGCCUCACAAUCAUCCACCGACUCGGGCCUUUCGAUUGCCUCGGCAGCGUUCAUGGAGAAGCACAGGGGCUUGAUAGCCGGGGAAGGGGACGAGGAACGAUACCGGGACAUGGAAGAUGGAGCAGGGACUGGGUCGGAGGAGCCUCUUAUCUCCGGUAAAAAGACGGGCUCGCCAAGUCGUCUGCGCCAUAUUGUUUGGGGACUGGUAGCGCUUUGCGUGGGUGGCUGGGCCCUUGCCUUCGUGCUGUUCCUCACGCAGUCACGACCUAAUGCCGCAGUAUCCUCGGCUGAGACAAGUGCGACUGUAUCGAGUGUGCCCGCGCCUGUUUUGGAUCUCGAGCCAGAUGUGUCGACCGUUGAUACGAGUUCCGCAAACCCUGUGACCACUGUUGAUACGAGCUCCGCAAAUCCAGUGACACUCGAUCAAGUCUUGACGGGUGCCUGGAAUCCGAAGACCCACGAGAUAUCCUGGAUUGCGGGACCGAACGGCGAAGAUGGUCUUUUGGUCGAGAGAGGCGAGAAGCAGGACGCCUACCUGCGGGUGGAAGACAUUCGCAAUAGCGAGAAAGACUCCAAGAAUCAAGAGGCCAGAGUAUUGAUGAAGAAGAGGUACAUCUGGUUUAACGAUGAAGCCUUGGUUCCAGUCAAGACAUGGCCAAGCCCUGAUAUGAAAAAGGUAUUGGUCAUGACUGACAUUCAGUCCAACUGGAGACACUCGUUCUUUGGCAAAUAUUGGGUCUUCGAUGUGGCGACGCAAGAGGCUGAGCCGCUAGAUCCUGGGAACCUGAGCGGACGUGUACAGCUUGCGACGUGGUCGCCCACCUCUGAGGCGGUGGUUUUUGUUCGUCAGAACAAUCUGUAUUUGCGCAAUCUCUCCUCGUCGGAAGUCACUCCCAUCACCAAGGAUGGUGGCAAGGACCUCUUCUAUGGUGUUCCGGACUGGGUAUACGAGGAAGAAGUUAUUGCAGGCAACUCUGGCACUUGGUGGUCCGGUGACGGGAAGUUUGUCGCCUUCCUGCGAACCAACGAGUCAGCGGUUCCUGAAUAUCCUAUUCAGUAUUUCCUCUCGCGACCAUCGGGCACAAAGCCGCUGCCUGGACUUGAGAAGUACCCGGAAGUCAGGCAGAUCAAGUACCCCAAGCCCGGCAGCCCGAACCCGAUCGUCAGUCUGCGCUUCUAUGAUGUAGAGAAAAAUGAAACCUUUUCAUUUGACAUGCCUGAAGAUUUCAGUGACGAUGAAAGGAUUAUCAUCGAAGUUGUUUGGGCGUCGAAGGGCAAGGUGUUAGUUCGAGAGACAAACCGCGAGAGCGAUGUUGUGAAGAUCUUCGUGAUGGACACCAAGGCCAGAACUGGCAAACUGGUUCGGUCAGAUGAUGUCGCAGCUCUUGACGGCGGUUGGGUUGAGCCUUCACAGUCGACUCGUGUUGUCCCCGCUGACCCUGAAAAUGGCCGGCCACACGACGGUUAUAUUGACACUGUGAUUCAUGAAGGGUUCGAUCACCUGGCUUAUUUCACGCCGUUUGACAACCCGGAGCCUGUGAUGUUGACCAAGGGCGAAUGGGAAGUCGUCAAGGCGCCGUCCGCUGUGGACUUGAAGAAGGGCGAGGUAUACUUCGUUGGUACGAAGGAGGCCCCGACUCAGCGUCACGUAUACUCAGUCAAACUGGACGGCUCUAAUCUCCGAGCUCUGACGGAUACCUCCAAGCCAGGUUAUUACGAUGUUUCAUUCUCUAAUGGAGGCGGCUAUGGCCUACUCAGCUAUAAGGGCCCGGAAGUGCCGUGGCAAUCCGUGAUCAGCACCCAAGACGACGAGAUCAAAUUUAUCAACGACAUCGAGAAGAACCCUAAGCUCACGAAAAUGGUCAGAGAUCAUGCUCUUCCAGAGCAGGUGUAUACCAAUGUGACCAUUGAUGGUUACACUCUCCAGGUUGUGGAGCGCCGCCCUCCGAAUUUCAACCCUGCAAAGAAAUACCCCGUGCUUUUCUUCUUGUAUGGCGGGCCCGGUUCGCAGACGGUCGAUCGUAAGUUCACGGUUGACUUCCAAACCUAUAUCGCCUCGAGCCUGGGCUACAUCGUCGUCACCGUGGAUGGCCGCGGAACGGGAUUCAUUGGGAGAAAAGCUCGGUGCAUCGUCCGUGGUAAUAUCGGUCAUUACGAAGCUCGUGAUCAGAUCGAAACCGCCAAGAUCUGGGGCAGCAAGGACUACGUGGAUGAAACCCGCAUGGCAAUCUGGGGAUGGAGUUAUGGUGGUUACAUGACCCUGAAGGUGCUCGAACAAGAUGCAGGCGAGACCUUCCAAUACGGCAUGGCUGUGGCACCGGUGACUGACUGGAGGUUCUAUGAUUCCAUCUAUACCGAACGUUAUAUGCACACUCCCGCACACAACCCGCAAGGGUAUUUGAAUGCCUCCAUCAGCGAUGUCACGGCAUUGAGCCAGAAUGUUCGAUUCUUGAUUAUGCACGGCGUCGCUGACGACAAUGUGCAUCUCCAAAACACCCUUGUCUUGAUCGAUAAACUGGACUUGCAGAACAUCGACAACUACGAUAUGCAGGUCUUCCCUGACUCGGAUCACAGUAUACAAUUUCACAGCGCGCAUGCGCUUGUUUAUGAACGUCUUUCGAGCUGGCUCAUCAAUGCGUUCAACGGAGAAUGGCUUCGCAUUGCGAGCCCCAAACCGCAAGAGUCGCAUGAUGCAUCUUGA